AUGGCUGUUAUGGCCGACGAAGGUCUCUUCACAAGAGCCAUCUCCGGGUAUCGCGCCGUGUUCAUGGACCAGCAUGCGGAUCUUCCUGAAGCGCAAAGGAACCAGCUCUGGAGUCAGCACCUCAGCCAGUUCCUCGUCUCCACCACCGGCUGUGAAGGUGGUCAUUCCGCCCCCGAGCCGGGCUUCCUUGACAAUGGUGCCUGCCAUCUGGUGAACUCCGGGAAACGGCCUCGACCGGAUACUCCAAGGACUCUUCCCGAUCUUGGGCUUCCACCUUCAAAACGACGUGCCACCAACCCGGAAGCUCCAGUCAUUGACCUGACGCGCGACCUCUCGAAUGCAUCCUCUCCUGUCGGCGUCGUGUCGCCCACCCGGCCUCUGCGCAGAUCGUCUUCUUCUUGGAAGGACAGCAACUAUCACUACAACCGCUCUCCCCGCUCGAAUCUGACUGGAUCACAUACGGCCAUGGUUCGCUCGCAUACCGUGCAGGUGCCGCAGUCCCUGACCUCUGGAAUGCAACCAUCUUAUGGAUUCCACUGUCCCCAGCAACUCAGCUUCGGCCAAGUCAGCGAAUAUUCUCCCGCCGAAUACACCAAGCAGCACCUCAACGACGUCCAGCGUCCAACGGGGGUCUCUGCACUGUCUCAGGCUUUAGCCGCUAAGCAGCAGGGACCCCCCCAGGUGUUCACGAACAUCGAUGGAUUGCCUGGUUAUACCGAUCAGUCGGCCGAUGCCGUCGAUAUGAGUCGGACGGAUACAGCAGAUUCCAUCUGCGGUGCUGUCAACAUGAUUCGCUUCAACUCAUCGGGUGAAUCAAAUCUGGACUCCACCCUCACCUAUCCCUUUCCUACUUCGGCUGAUUUCGCUACCUCGUUUACACCUGAUCUUCCCUUGGGCUUCUCCAGCUCUGCCCCCUCCGCCAUCACCACCGACUCUGCGAUAGCUGCUCCUGUCGUGUCUUCUUCGCUCUCCGCUGCAGUGGACAUGCAGCCUUCCAUGUCCACUGAAAGCAAUAGCUCUUCGGCAUCUCAGCAGUCGAGGGCUGCACGUCGGACGCAAGAACAGAUUGUGCAGGGGACCCGUCCUAUUGCUCCCAAGGAGACUCCGAAGCUGUCCCAACAGCCCCAGCAGCAGCACAAAAUGAUCCGCAUUUCCUCCUCUGAUGGUACCGCCAAGGAGGUGGCUGCUAUCCCAAAGGCCUCGAUUCAGCGCCCUCCCCGGCCCAAGACGUACUGCAACAUGUGCAACGACCAGCCCGAUGGUUUCCACGGCGAGCAUGAACUGCGCCGUCACAUUGAACGGGUGCACUCCGUGGUUCGCAAGGUGUGGGUCUGCGUUGACAUUUCGCCCGACAAGACCUUCCUGGCCAACUGCAAGGCCUGCCGCAACGGCAAGCGCUACGGAGCCAACUACAACGCAGCUGCUCAUCUGCGUCGUACCCACUUCAACCCCUGCCAACGUGGCCGCGGUGGCCGUGGGAAAGACAGUGAGAAGCGUGGUGGCAAGGGCGGCGGAAAUCACCCGCCCAUGGAAGUUCUGAAGCAUUGGAUGAUCCAGAAGGAGGAGAUUGUCUAUGAGAAUGCACAGAACUAUCUCGACUCUGAGGGACUGGGUGAGGAUUUGACUACCAGCACUGCUGCCCCUGUUGGUGACACGGCGUUUGGCGAAUUGUCAAUGCCCCAGACGGAUCAGAAUGUGAAUUCGGGAUUGGAGUCGACCCUGAUGAGUACGGGAUAUGAUGUGUCUAUGCCUCCCUUGCCCGCGACGGGCUUGGAUCUGUCCUUGGAUGCCCCGUUUUACUUUGAUACUCCGCAAAUUCCUCCCGAGAUUGAGAGUCUUGCGAUGUGA